CGUCACGGAACUUAAAUUAUUUUCUGCAAGUCAUCAGCCGAUUUGUUAUAAUUCUACUUUUGGGAUAUCUAUUAUAAGUUGGUCCAAGAUUAGCGGAAUCGUGUAUAUUUCCAGAAACAGCAGCCUUCCUGGUGAUAGAUAAAUCCCGGAGGUUUCCCCCCCCCAAACUCACUCCUAUGCUUUCUCGUCCAUGAUUUGCUCAAUGCCGAAAACGCAGGCCGAAUAACACCAACCUCCGCCAUGGAGAAUUCAACCAGGUUGUCAUGGAUUACCGCCCACCCACCACCACCAACAACACAGCGCCCGACCCCGAACUCCGCCCCUGCAUCGCCGAGCUCCUGCGCACAGGCUACCACCCCCCAGACCUAACCCUGCGCGUCGAGCGUGUCAUUGAGGUUCUGUUUACACCCGAAACCACCGCAGGCACUAACACCACCGCCGCGAGACCGACGCGCCGGUCAUAUCGCGUAUUCCUCAGCGAUGGCGAGCUGGUCAUCCAGGCGCUGCUGGGCAAGGCGCUGCAUCCGUUCGCGUUGGCGGGGGAGGUGCGGGUUGGGGCUGUGGUGAGGUUGGAGAGGUAUGAGAUUAGGUGGGCGGAGAGGAUUGGUGGUGGCGGCGGGGAAGGUGGAGGUGUGGGGCAGGUUGUGUUUUUGGCUGUGGGGGCGUUUAGGUGUUUGAGGAAAAUAGGGUUUAGUGGAAGUGGGCGGGAGGGGGAGGGGGUUGAUGUGGAGGUACGGGUGGUUGCGAGGAAGAGGAAGAGGAAGAGGGGUGGUGAUAUUGGUGGUGAGGAUAAUGGUGGUGGUGCUGGGGGAUUUGGACGUGGAGAGAAAGCGUGUCGGAUUAGCGAUGUGGAUGGUGCAGCGGAUCUUCGUCCCAAUGAAGAGGCUGGGCUUUUGGUUGAGGACGGGAUUUCUGAGCUUCUAGCUGGAAAAUUGGAUGAUGUAUUCGACUCUGGAAGCCAGUCGUUUGGGGACUAUGCGACUUCAGGAACUAUUCAGGAUGGUACAAAUGACGACCAGGGAACCCCGACUCCAACGCAGGAGCAAGAGAAGCCUAUCCAACCACAGAGCCUACCAGCUUUCAACAUCAGCCCCUCAAAUCCACAGCCAUCUGAAACCAUCCAAUUGCAAUCCCCUUCACAAACAACCGCUCAAACUCCUCAUGGACAAACUGACCGCGCCACACCUACACCCACAGCCACCGUAACACGCUACCACUUCAAGCUCCGCGGCAUCCUAAAACCUAUAUCCCGGCCCUUGAACCUCCUCACCCUCUCCCAACUCCUCCACCCUGCCAAACCAUUACCGAAACGCAACUACCUCUGCGACGUCCUGGCCGUGAUAUCCUGGAUAUCACCCGACAUCAUCAAGCGUCCGUAUAUGCCGCCGAAGCGCGAUCUGCGCAUCAUGGACCCGACAAUCACUAGCACCGCCCAGCGCUCCAGCCACUCCGCGCCGCAGCAGCAGCAGCGCUUGGGCGUGUCUGUUAGCGUAUUUGUCGAUGCGGCGGCUUUUAACCCGCCGGUGGGCACGGUGGGGCUCUUUCGCUGUUUAAAGACGCAUGAGUGGGAAGGGGUGAGUUUGAAUGCGUAUGAGAAGGAUUGUAAAGGGCGGGAGUGGUUUGUGUGUGAGCCGGGGCGGUUGAGGGGGGUUCUGGCGGAGGUGGGGAGGGGAGGGGAUGUUGAGGGGUUGAAGGGGUGGUGGGGGGACUGGUGUAAGGGGAUGCAGGAAGGUGGGGAGUCGGAGGGGAGGGGGAGAUGUGAGUGAGAUUGGUGCUUUUGGAAGGGUGGUAUGAUGAUUACCAGGAUAUUCAUGGCUAUAGAAGACGAAACUGAUAUGAUAGGUUAUGAGGGUGUGUAUACGGCCUACACCCAAGCUGGUGUUCAUCGUCCUUUUGAAGGAUACAUGCUGGUAUGAGUUACGAAGUUAGGAUUGGGUUACGUACAGUAGUUAUAUAUAUAGAUACCUAGGUAUAUCGUUGGCACAAGUCCUUCUCCACUCCUUCUUUGUCCCAUGAGUGAAAGGAUGUAUAACCGUCAACUUUCAUAGCCCAUUCGUGUGCUGUUAUCUACUGAGGAGUCAGUCCUUGACUCCUUGUACAGUGAAUAAUUUCCAUGGAUGAAUGCGGUCAGCCUCCCCGAGUGAGUGCUGUAUGAGAAACAGCCAAUCUUCUUCUUGUGAAAUUUGACUAUAGAGUUAUCAAAUAA